AUGAACUUCUUCCUGGAAACACUCCAAGCCAUUGGAUUUUCUGCUUAUUACUCACUGGAGUCACUACUGUUCUUGAUUGUGCCCAGACGAAAGAAGAAUGUUAGUGGUGAAAUAGUGUUAAUAACAGGAGCGGGAAGUGGGCUUGGAAGAUUCUUGUCUUUAAAGUUUGCCAGCCUUGGAGCCACAGUGGUUCUCUGGGACAUUAAUCAAGAGGGGCUCAAGGAAACAAGUAGACUGGCCAGAGAAAAUGGAGCAGAGAGAGUACACUGUUACACCUGCGACUGUAGCAAAAGGCAGGAGAUCUACAGAGUAGCUGAUCAGGUUAAAAAAGAAGUUGGCGACGUUAGCAUCCUAGUCAACAAUGCCGGUGUUGUAAUUGGGAAGAGGCUUACUGAUAUUCCAGAUUCACUUGUGGAAAAAACCAUGGAAGUGAACGUAAUGGCACACUUCUGGACUUGCAAAGCCUUCCUCCCAGCAAUGAUUGCCCGCAACCAUGGACACUUGGUUACUAUUGCAAGUGCAGCAGCACUGACUGGAACCAGUCAUCUUGCAGAUUACUGUGCGAGUAAAUUUGCAGCAUAUGGUUUUGCAGAGUCAGUUAAUUUCGAGAUGAAAAAUCUGGGAAAGACUGGUGUUAAAACCACAAUUGUGUGUCCUUUCAUGAUAAACACAGGCAUGUUUGAUGGCUGCAAAACCAAGUGGCCAAGGCUGCUUCCCGUUAUGGAGCCAGAGUAUGUGGCUGAGAAGAUAGUCACUGCUAUUCGGCAGAAUGAAGAAGUAGUGCUGAUACCACGAAUAAUUUAUCUUUUAUUCAUUUUGAAAGUUAUCCUGCCAGUGAAAGCAACUCAUCAGCUUGCACACUAUUUUGGACACUUCCAUGUCAUGGAUGGCUUUGUAGGUCGAGCGAAGGAGGACUGA